AAAAAAUCCUCCUUUUCUUUCUCUGUUUGAAAGCGCUAGCGGAGGAAAGUUUUCUCUCUUGAGACUUCCGCGAUUUGCUCACAGAUCAAGUUAUCUGUGACAAAAAACUCAGUCCAACUAUUUCCUCUUAUGCGGUCCCAGGCAUUUUGAGCCAUGCCUGGCCACAGCACAGGGGCUCCCCAGGCGUCCCGCCACCACAAACACCACAGUUCCAACUCCAAAGCAGACAAGUACAGACAAGCUCGGACUAUAUCCCGGGAGAGCACCUCCAGCCAAGAUGCCUACAAGGAUCCUCACAGGGAGCACCCAAAGGAGCACCACAGAGACCACUCCCGCCACUCUGACACCAAGCAUGGUCACAGAGGGCACCCGCGAAAUGGCACCGGACGGGGCUCAGAGACUAUAGGAUUUAUUCCAGGCUCAGCAGACAGCACGCCUACUAGCAGACAUGCCUGUGGCUCCUGUGCCUCUAUGGGCUGGAGCAGCUGUAAGGCCCUUAUCUGCUGUGUACUGACCUGCGGGUUUUACGGCAGCCGAGAGCCCUGCCUGCCUGUUAACGAGAGCUCCACAGACCAUCCCCCUAAAACAGGUAGCGAGGCCCACCCUCCUAAUGGCAUGGCUAUGUCCAACCCCACCUGUGGCAUCCACUUAGAGUCCAACAAGUCCAAUAAAGUCACUAAGCUGCCUACGAGUGACAGCUUCCGCUACCCGGAUGUGCGCAUUGCAGGUCAGACAGUAAGGUAUCCUGUGACUGCAACCAAACGGCCCCGUACACACGGCAAGGGGGAAACCCAGCGGCCAGUCAGCAACACCAGCCUGUUAUCCCGUGAGGACUAUGACUUGGAUGACCUGAGUGACACAGGCACAGAUAUUGACUCUCUUAUCACCAAGAAGCUGCUGGAGCUUUAUGCCUUGCACCAGAUUGACCAGCUGGCCAAAUGCACCUCUGACUCCUCUUUCUCCCGCAAGACCAACGAGAUCAGUGAGCUCAUCUACAGCAUCGCUCAGGACUACAACCUGGAGGAGCAGGAGGCCGAGUGCAAGCUGGUGCACGGAGUCAUCCGCAUCAGCACCCGGAAGGGCAAGAGAAACAAGAGCCAUCAGUCGACGGGACAGCGUCCCAACGGGAGGAGUGACGGCACCCUGCCUGACAGCGGCAAUGAGACCAUGACCCACACCCUCCUGAGCAGUGACUUUCCAGAGGUGAAAGUGUCUGAGCAGACCCCAUCAGAUGAGCUGGCCAGGAAAAUGAGACAUCACAGCUCAAGAAUGUACUCCUCCAGCACCGCCACAGACUCUUCAGGCGCUCCUCUGCUUCACUAA